CGUUGCGUUCACUCAUUUCUUUUUCGCGUUUCUAGCUUUUUGUCAUACUUUCUGAAGAUAAGAAAACGAGAAAAAUAUUGUAGGCGUUAACAGGAAAUUAAUUCUUGUGUAAUAAAAAAUACAAUAUUUGAUAAACAAAAUAAUCCGACAAAUUAAAACAAUCGCGCAUUAAAUACACAAGUUGUACAAUGAACUAAAAAAGUGUAAAAAAACUUGUUUCCGUGAAGGCGAAAUGACGUGAAAAAUAUUUCAUAAACAUUAGUUGCGGACGAAAUGUGUACAUAAUUACGUAUUACCGACAAACAUGAUGCAGUCAACGUCGGAAGGGUGCAUGAAUAUCGCUGAACUAGCGAACCAACUGAGACGCGAGAAAAUCUUUAUCAAUUCGGAGAGGCAGCUGUUGCAGAAACUGAACGAAGAUGUGGAGAAACGAGCCAUGGAACUGCUGCAGGUGUCGUGGAUCUGCUCCCAGCAGCGGCAGAACCUCACCAACCUGAUCACGUCGCGGUGCGAGGCCGAGUCCAUCGCCGCCUGCCAGAGGGCUAGCCUGCUCGAGAGAACCACUUUUGUGGAUGCUUUCAAGGUUCUCAAAUACAACGAAGCAAUAGCCCUCGGCGAACUGGUAGGAUGGCUGCGCGACACGCCGCGCCUGGUCGCGCUGUGCCUGCUGCUCGGCGAGGAGCACAUGCCGCCGUCGCUGCCGUCGACCCUCGUGGCCGGGCUGUACGGCAGCUGCCGCUCCGCCAACGACAGGACCAGGCUGCUCGCCGUGCUCAGGCUGCUGAUCAAGCAUCAGCUGGCGACCUCGAGCGAUCCUCGGAAGUUGUUCAGGACGGGCAAGUGCGCGUUCGCGUCCAUGUACGCGGUGUUCCGCGACGGGCACACGCCUGCGCGACAGUUCCUCAUCGCGGCGCUGCACGCGCCCGUCAUGGCGGUGCUGCACGAGGACGAGUUCUUCCUCGACAUAGACCCCGAUAAGGCCAUGGAGAGAUUCUCAGCAGCGGAUCGCCUUAAAAAAUUUGGUCAGCCGAACAGCGCGGACUACGCUUCUAAAGUGGCCCGGUACCGCAAGUGGACGAUACAGUCGCUGUACAACCUGACGAGCAAGUUCAUCGCGUCGCUGCGUGAGAACUGGCCGCACUUCCCGGCCACCAUCGCCUGGAUCAUACAGCAGAUCGUGCACUUGCUCAAACAACAUUCCAGGACAUCAGAGCGCGAGCUGCACGCGAUAUGCACGGAGCUGGUGCUGAACCACCUGAUAUGUCCCGCCAUCGUGAACCCGGAGGCGCACGGCGUGGUGGAGGUCACCGUGUCGUACGUCGCGCGGUUCAACCUCAUACAGAUCGCGCAGAUCAUUCAGAUGCUGUGCCUCGCUAAGUACCAGGAGGUGGAGCCAAAAGUGCGCGACCUAUACACGAAGUUCGACCGCUCGUGCGUGUGGUCGCUGGUGGAGGCGCUGACGGAGGAGGCGAUGGCGCCGGCGAGCGCCGAGGCGGCGGGCUCGCCCGCGCCCGCGCCGCGCACCGACGCGCCCGUGCGCACGCCCGCCGCGCUCUACACGCACCACGACGCGCAUCUACUCAUUACCUUCCUGAGGCGCAUAUCGUCCAAGUUGAACAACAACACGCAGUCGGCGGCGUCGAGCGAGGAUCAAUCCAGCAGCUCCGGGGCCGGCUCCGAGGGAGCUGACUUUGGUGGCGAAGCUAGCGGCGAGGCGGUCGCUAACGGCGACCUGGGCGCGGCUCGACUGGCAGCCUCGCUGCAAACCAUGGAACCCAACUACAGAAGCCGGCUGCACGACUUACUCAAGAAAAUGCCCGACUUCACCAAAUACAAACCCUCGGAACCAAAGGAUCCGCCAAUCGAGAACGGCCACACGAAGAAGAGCAUCCUUGCGAAGGUGCCCAAGGCGCGCAUGUACCGCAGCGGCAGCUCCAACUCCUCGCUCAGUGCGGCUGAAGAUAAACCGGUCAACGGCACCGGGGACAGGGAGGAGUCGACCCUGGAGAGCCCCGAAGUGCUCAUCAUCAAGCUGGCUAACGUCGAGGAGCAUGAUUAUGUAGGUCUCAUCCCCGAGUCCAAAGUGCUGGAGUGUUACUACGGCGGUUCUGAAGGCGACGCGGACGACACGGCGUCAGCGCUCGCCGUCGCGGGACCGGGAGCACCGGUGCAGAAGAGAACCAGGUUCUCGGUGUCGCACGACGAGGUGUCGUUGGGCAACACGUCAGACAACCUGGAAGCAGUCUCGGAGGCGGCCUCGAACCACAGCGUCACGUCCAGCCUUGAACUCGAGACUGAGGAUCAGAACGACAACCUUUCCGAUAUGGUGUCGGCGAACGUGAGCGGUCGCGGCAGCCCCAACAUCUCGGGCCGCGAGACGCCCUCCUCGCAGGUCACCGACGGGGACGCCGCCGGCGACGCGCAGCCGCGCCGAAUGCCACAAAACGCACCAGUGAAUCAGACGGGAAGCGCGCGUGCGAAGUUACUCAAACAGACCAGGAACGACAUCGAGGACAAGUUCUGCAAGUUUGAGAUUAAGAAACUUCUGGAAGGCGAUGAGACGAUUAGCAUAAUGUCGGACACGUGGAGCACCGACGUGCUCGCGUCCGACUCCGAGACCAUCGGCGACUCGUGCGACCACACACAGAUACAGGCCAACCAAGGUGCGAGCACUAGCAACACGAUCGCGCCGGACGUGUCCGAGACGGCGAGCGAGUCGGCCUGGAGUAUGGACGUGCUCGCCUCUGAUAGCGACCGUAACACUGAGGUGGACACUGACGACUGCGUGUCGGUGGCGGCGCGGUCGGACACGUCGUGGCCGCGUCGGCCCUCGCACCACGACGACUGCGCACACGUGCGGCAGCCCAGCCAGAAUGGUAAUUUCAAACGGCCGGAUAUUGGCAGUCCACGUCACACGUCGCGUCCACUGCCCAAUAGAUCUGGUGGUGGAUACCUGACUGCGACGGCGACGCUGUCGCGCGGCGGAGAGCUGGAUCUGCCGCACCACGCAUUCGCCAUCGAGAACCGCAAGAGCAUACUCGUCAACGGAUAUCCGGUGAUGACAUGCUACGCGACAUCUGCUCCUGAAAGCCCGAGCACGUCUGCGCCAGCGGCUUUGCCGAGCGACGUGUUUGAUUAUGUGCCCCGGAAUGGGACGUCAGCCCAAACGGAGUCAACCCUGGACGCAAACAGCCAGUCGGACGCGACCAGUCAGUGGGUGGACGACAGCUUCCCCGCCGCGCACCACUCCCCGGACCGACCAUUCCCCUCCACCUCCAAAUAUGACCUGCCAUCAACAUCCAAACCAUACGACGACAACGACAUGGACCGAUCCAACUCGAGCGAGAGUUCAUUCAACGCCCUCUCCGUGUCUCAGUACGGGCGAUUCGAUUCCGGUAUCGAUACGGAACGACCCGAGGCCGAGUCUCGGUCGACGAUUACCGAUCUCAUGACUCGAAUGUCGUCGGCCACUAUAUCGACGUCGAACUUGGUGAAUAACUUGACGUCGAGGAUAGGCGUCAAGUCGGAGAUGCGCACGAGCAUUGUGAGCAUAUCUUCUUCACGAGUGGAGAAGAAGCGCGACGCGGGGAACAUGUCGCUGAGCACGCUGUCGGUGAACAGCGCGGGCACGUCGGUGUCGGACAAGAGCUCGAGUCAGGAUGUGAACUCGGAGAACGUGACGGAGCGGCGCGUGAGCCCGCCGCCCGUGAAGGUCGCGUCCACCGGCGCCAUACCCAAGAGCAUCAGCUUCGAUGCCACCGCAGAGAAGGCGCAGAGAAGGCGGUUGGUGGGCGAGGAUGGUCUGGUGGGCAACCUGGACGAGCUGAAGAACAACGUGAAGCGCUCCGGCGGCAACCUGCUGCACAAGAUCAAGAUGUUCCGCCAGAAGGGACGCUCCAACCAGCAGAGUGACAUCAAGCUGCCCGAAGAGGAGUCUCGCAGCGACGACGGAUGUCGCCUCGAGGGCAGUGCGGAGAGCUCGGAGGACAUCCUCGCCAAGUACCGCCGCAAGAGCUCCACCGACUCCAACGCGAACAAGCGACGCACCCAGCGCCGCCUCUCAGACCUGCCCGAUGCUGAUAUGGAGAGGAGUGAAGGAGUGGUCGACCUGAACGACCCUGAAGUGUUCAACAGUAUGAAGCGUAAGCUGCGGAUGAUACUCUCCAAUUCAGAUUUGCAUUGUGCGGAAUAUGUACCCAAUCGCUGCACGAGCACGUCGCUCGGCGCGUGGGUGCGCGCGGCGGCCGUGUGCGCGGGCGGCGGCGAGGGCGGCGCGGGCGAGGUGGCGCGCGAGGUGGCGCGCUCGCUGCCGCCCGGCCCGCUGGCGGCGCGGCUGGCGGCGGCGCUGCGGGCCGACCUGGCGGCGCGCCGGCCCUACGCCACCUACCUCGCCUCCUGCCGCGCCGCGCUCACGCACACGCACCACGCGCUCAUCGCUCAGAUCCGGUCGGUGCGCGGCGAGUGCGUAUGGUGCGCAUGCGCGGCGGCGAGUGCGCGUGCGCUGGAGCAACUGGAGCGUGGGCCGGCGCUCCGACAUCUCGCGCACCGGCACCGUGCGCCGCAUCUGCGAGCCAGGCCACCGGAUGGUGAGUUGAUGGACGAGAAGGCUACAAGACUGACCGCUAGCAUAAAGGCCAUUACGGCGGAAGUAAAAGCGGAUCCCUCGUGGGAAGGUGCAUCGCCGGCGUUGCUGGAGAUGGUAGAGCUGACGGUGGAGCGCGCCGCGUUCGCCAAGCUGUACCUGCACGUGCUUUUCCCCAAUGGGGACGGCGACAUCGCACGCGACCAGGUGUUGAGCGAGCACAUCCGGCGGCUGUCGCAGUGCACGUCGGCAGCGCGCGCGGGCGUGGCGCGCCGGCACGCCUGGGCUGCACCCUUCGCGCGUGCGCAGGUGCAUCUGCGGCACCUGCCCGUCUACCGCGCGCCCAGGGACAAGCUGUCAUGCAUAAUGCGCUGCGUGACAUCCAUCAUGGCGGUGCUGAGCCUGACGGAGGGCGCGACCCCCUCGGCUGACGACCUCACGCCAGUACUCGUAUACGUUAUCAUCAAGGUGAACCCGCCGUCGCUGCUGUCGACGAUCGAGCUGGUGAACGCGGCGGGCGGCGCGGCGCUGCACGGCGAGGCGCUGUACUGGUGGACGCAGUUCUGCGCCGCCGUCGCCUACAUCAAGACCAUGGACUACCCGCCGGACACCUAGCGCCCGCUCGCGCGCCCGAGUGCUGCGCGUGUCAUCGAGUCAAAAUUAAUCAAUUGGAACGCACCAUCGCGGCGUCACUCCGUGUAACGCGGUACCGCACACGUAUACUCGCAUCCGACGUGGUGCGUGUACCGCCGCCGAGCCCGCUGAACGUCCACCACGCUUCGUGCGACACAUAUUUAUUUUAUUACAAAUUGUAUAUUAUAAGCGAAAAUGUAGCGAAUUAACCGCACUCACUGAUUAUGCUUAAUGUUAUCGAUAAGUAUCUAAGCCUAUGAUAUUGUUUUGCGUUGUAGAUUUUUUUUUUUUAAAAGCAUUUAUCGUAAGUGUAAAAAUAUUAAGCAUUUCGUCGUAUAAUCAAGCGCAAAGUAAUGUAAAUUGUGGAUGUUCAGCCUUAUAUCGGUGUAACUUAAGUCAUUAUAAUCGGCAAUUAAUUCACGUAGAAAAUAUGUAUUCCAAAGGCGCCAUUUUUGUAUAAAUGAAGCAAAGGUUUUUGGCUGUAUAAAUCGAGUGUCCAUAGUCUGAUAAUAUUAUGUGUAAAUUCAAAUAACUUGACGUUUUAAAAAUAGAAUCAAACAUAGCGGCUUUAGGAUUUUACACGUAUAUGCUAAAAUGCGCAAACGUAAUAUUAAAUCAGGUAAGCUUUACCGUAUAUAUAUUUUAAAUUAUAGCCUACAUAUUAUUCAUAUAAUUAUAUGUGGUGUGUAUAUAUUUUUCAAAGUAUACGGCCCCUUGAGAUUCUAAAUACUGAAGGCCUAAAGUUUAUAACAAUUAAUCUCUGUUUACAUGGUUGUAUAUUAGAACUCAUCUCGGUAGCGUAUAUGGAGGAAUUUAAUUAGUAACGACUAAUUUAAACGAAGCAUUGCGAUGUACUAUUCAAUAUAAAAAAAUACUGAAUACUCAAAGAUUUUUUCCAGAAAUAAACUUUUUUUUAAUUUAUCAUCGAUGUGUUAAGCCGCAUUUACAGUUUUCAAUAAAUGAUUCCAAUUUCAAACUUAAUUCUGAUCCCAUGAAUGAACCAAUCGAAAUAACUCAUUUGUGAGAAUGUCAAAAAAACCUUUGUUCUGAUUGGUCCAUUUUCGCGAUAGAUCGCAACAAGCGAUUAGGAUCGUUUAUUGAAAUAGGCGGUUAGACGGAUCAAUUAUUGUUAGCGAUAAUAGUAUGCAAUCAUAGCUUAAAGGUUACCGCGUUGGAACCUGGGAAAUCGUGAAGCAACACAAUUCCAUUCUGACCACUCUAUUUGGUAGAUAUUCAAAAGACGAUAACUAUUAGCAAUAAUUGCUCUGUCUAAAUAAGGCUAGCGGCUUAAAAUUGUUCCAACGGUCCGUGUGAAUAGUGCAUAAUACUGCACAAUUGUAUAGAUGAAACUGAAUGAUGAAAAAUUUGAAUAAUUUUGGCAGCAGUAUCUGUAUAUAUCACCAUUGCAGUCCUUUUGAUGGUUAUUUGGAAUGUUUUCAAUGUGGUAUCGCGUAGGCUUGCCUAUUUAACCUACUUAUUAUCUGGGAAUGGGGAAUAUUGCUUUAAUUUUAUUGUUGGCGUGCCAAAAUAUGGUUUAAAUGAUGCCAACAGGGUCAUUUCUAUGUUAAGGCAGGGAAGGCAAUAAAUUAUGUUACAUACUUUCGUGUGGGGGGUCUAUUCAUAAUUGUACACAUUACUCUUCUAGAUUCGGGCCUGUGAAUAACUAAAUUUAUUUAUGUUUUUUGUAGUUGCUAUAUUUUAUAUAACAGGGAAGAGAGGGGAAAAAUGGUAUAGUGAAGUUAAUUUAUACUUUAUAUUUCGUUAAUACUUUGUAUUUUAUUUAACAAAACAAACAAACUUUGUAUUUUUUUGUUUUGUUUUGUUUAAAAGAUUAUAUUUGUUCUUUAUAAUGACAUGCUAAAAUCGGCAAGCCUAUGUGAAUAUCGUGAAGAGUGUGUCACGUCUUUUUUUAUGAAUUGUGGCGGUAACGCGGAGAUUUAUAUGCAAUUUUAUCGUCAAGUUUAUGAAUAAGAAAAAAUAUUAUUGUUUCCCAAAGAUAUUAUCAGGUUUGAAAAAAAAUAGAAAUUCUUCAAGCAAAACUUUAAUUCCUAACUGUUUUUGUACUUGAGAUUCGAUUUGAUCAUAGAACCUAACUAAUUUAUGCGCGCUACUUCCGAUCUGGGAUCCAAAAUUACUAUCAUAUUUGUUCAGCUCAUCCAAAUCAGCAUUACUACUGUACUUAGACUAAGAUGCUUAUCCCGAUUGUAGAGUUCUAUUAUUAUAUCUAUAACAGUUCAAUUAGUAUCUAUUGCCUUACAAAUUGGUUGUACCACAGAUCGAAAAACUCGAGGUCUGAAUGGGUCUUAGCUGUCGUAAUUUUGCCGCUGUUUAUAAAGAACCAUUGUAACGGGCUAUAUAUGUUGUCAUGUGCACUAAACGAAUGUCUGUGAUGUUAGCGUCGAUAUCGUGUAGAGAUGUGUAUUUUGAAGUGUCAGUGAUAGGUAAGUAUAAGUGUAAGGAUUACUCGAUUCGUUUCGUAGUUGACUAAUGUGCGUUAGAGAACUAUCAGGUUACGGCUUAUAAAUAAAGUCCAUUUUUCAUUGGCAAAAGAUAAUUGUACAUAUUUUCGAAAAUUAUUUCAGAUUUAAUGGGGGAUGAAUUCCCCAUUCUACCCUCUCGAUCCGCAAAUGAAGACAUUUUCCUUUUCUUGUUUCAAAAUCUCUUUGUCCUUACUCUGUCUUUGGGUAAAAAUCUAAUUAUUUGUUUUACCAGUGGUUAGUUAAUUAAACACGUGGAAAGUGACCUCUAGUGUUUAAGUUAUUAAAGACCCCAUUUUGAAGCAAAUCAUUAACUUCUCAUAUUGUUGUAGCGGUAAGCAAUAUUUGUUUUAUAAAGCGCACCGGUUUAUUUCGCACCACCAAAAGACAUAGCAAACUAACUUAGCGUGUAAAGCUGAAAUCAUAACACUAGUUUGUAAUUCACCAAAAUAUUUUUAUGUAUGUAACUAUACGUAUGUAUAUCACAGAUUGCGGACAAGAAAUCUCCAAUUGAGCGUUUUGGAUGGGAAUUAUGUAUGGACUAAUAAAAUAUGUAUGGAUUGUGAGAUCGGAAUUGUUUUGAAGGUAUAAAUAAGUUGUUAAUGAAUACAAUAUUAAAAAUAUUAUUGAAACUUUAAAUCUAAAAUUAUUUAACUUAAGAUACCUCGGCGUAAUUAUUUCAAUCAUUUGGACAGCACAGCGGCUGAAACUAAACAGUCAAUACAAUAUCAGCAUUUAAAAAUAUUUUUUGUUAGUUUACCCGAUCGUAAAAAUACUAUUUUUAAAUUUCUACCUUCAAAAUGAUUAUCUGUAAAUUGUAACAGCAUUGUUCCGUAUCUUGCCUAGAUUUAGAGUGCAGUGUAUAUCCAAUGUAGCGUUUUAUUGUAUUUAAGCAGCCACUAGUGGCGUCGGUUAGCGAUAACAAUAGGUACAUCCUAAUGUAAUCCGAACAAUGAAAUUAUAUUUAGCAAUAAAUAAUCAUGGUUAUUAUUUCA